AUGACAAACAAGAACGCGAAGAAGGGCACGACAUAUUCGCCACUUCACGAGACUGGCCGAAUCUUCACUGAGCUUUGUCGGCAGUCGGACCGUUUAAACUUGCCGCCGCCAGUAUAUGAAAACCGAGAGUCCGUCUCAUUCUCGUCCAGCCACGAUGAGAUUUACUUUCCGAUUCCAUUCAAGGAAACGGAGACAUUGGCAGCCUUGAAAGGUAUCGAGGGCUCCGUGGCAGCCGCCAUCGCGGAUCUUCGGUUCGGACGCUGUGCUCAGCCGCGCCGCAUUCAAGUGAGCCUCGAGGGCGCAACUGCUUUUGGAUGUCAGGCUUACAUGGCCAAAAUUGACGGGUUGUCGAAAUUGGAUCCAAACGUCAAGUCGAAGCUCAAGGAUACCGACCUGUUGGCGGCUCAGUCGAACCAAUACCGCCGCAUGUCGGCGAAUUUAUACAAGACCAAGAUUCCCGGGGGAUACUAUCAUAUCCAUGGCUCGUUGGAGGCCACGACAACCCUGAACAUGAUCGGGCUGGAUGGGCAUCGACCGGACCUGACAAAUUACGAACAGAUUAUCGAGGUGAUUGAAGAGAGAGUGCAACAAUACACGGUUGCCGAGCUAGAAAAGAUGAACCGAGAAAGGCGGCAGGCUGGAGUACCAGCCCUGAAAUACGAAGAUUUCAUCAUGGCUCCACACGGUAAACGGAACGUCCAGGAGCCAGCGUGGAAAGUUCAAAAGUUGCCGGGAGAUUUACCGCCCACACCUUUUCCUAUCAAUGAGCCUGGCAGCAAGAGGAUCCUCGAAGGUAUCAAAGUUCUUGAAAUGUGUCGCAUUAUCGCCGGUCCUACUGUCACCCGGAUCUUGGCCGAGUAUGGUGCCGAUGUUCUGAAAAUUACGAGCCCAAAUCUAUCCGAUGUGCCGUUUUUCCAAGUAGAUGGCAAUAUGGGCAAGCAUGCUGCCGAUCUCGAUUUGAAAACCGCUGCUGGACGCCAGGAAUUCGAGAAGCUUCUGGCCGAUGUCGAUGUCAUUGUUGAUGGAUAUCGGCCCGGUGCUCUUGAGAAUCUGGGUUACGGACCCCAGGUUAUGGCUGCACUUGCGGAAAAGCGUGGAAAAGGCAUCGUCUACGUCAAUGAGAAUUGCUUCGGAUAUGAGGGCGAGUGGGCUGACCGGGCAGGAUGGCAGCAAAUUGCUGAUUGUGUCACAGGUAUUGCCUGGGCACAAGGCCAAUUCAUGGGUCUGAACAGUCCUGUAGUUCCACCAUUUCCUAUCUCUGACUAUGGAACGGGCUGCAUGGGAGCCAUCGCGGCGUUGUCGGGUCUAUAUCACCGCGCCAUGACCGGUGGAUCUUACCACGGCAAGGCCUCACUGAUGCACUACGACCUUUUACUAUUUGCCAUGGGACAAUAUUCGGAAGAGGUACAGGAGAAUCUGCGGGCUGCUCAACCAGCCGAGUUCUUUCAAUUGCGCCACUGUGACAGCGUGGAUCGCAUCUCGUCCACAGUACUCAAAGGGAUGCAAGCUAGAUUUCCGCAUUUGUAUGGACUCGUCGGGCCUCAUACAGUAGAUUCUCAGAGGGCCUUGACUGAGAGAUGGUUCUCCAAGGCAUACAAUGCAGAGAUCGAGGUGGUGCGUCCGGUUGCUGUUGUAGAGGAUGUUGAUAACCGGUUCGUGCGUGCGAGUCGUCCUAACGGUACAGAUCGAGCCUGCUGGGAAGAUUUUGCGGAGAACGAAGAUGGUGAUAAAAGGUUGUAUUCAUAG